AUGGCGGUCGUUUACUUUGAGACCAGUUGGGCGAUCCUCAGCACAAUCGGCUUGGCAAACGUGCUCUUCGGGUUCAUGAUCGCGGGCAUCACCGCCUUCUCCCCGGUCUCGCUUAUCCCUAUCAUCGUAUCGGCGGCUGGCGCCACGGCAAAUGGCCUCUGCUACUACAGCUUCUAUGCAGAUUACCCUAUCCUGAACACGGCGAUAUCGUCUGCCUUUGCGGACUUGUUGUGGAUGGUCCAAGAGGCCGGUAUCUCGUUUUACAGCUAUGCCAUUCUUACCAAGGUGUUAAGGAAUCGGGACCGCGUUGUGUUUAUGUCCCUGUUCUGGUUCAUGAUGGUCGCCAUCUUCGUCCUCAGAAUCCUCAUUCUCACUGCUCGGGUGAAGAUCUUGGUCAACGGCGAGUCGCAGCUAAGAACAACCAUCAACGGGCUGCACGUGGGCUAUUUCACCUCCAUGGCACUUCUAGAGUGCGUUGGCGCGUACUUUCUAUUGCGCAAGUUCGCGGAGGCGAAGAGUCUGUCCUUGGGAGCUUCGAUGGUGCCGACUCUCUUCCAGCACCUUAUGCGAAGCACCGAAAUUCGCCUAGCGGUGCUAGCGUUGAUUGGAAUAACGCGGGCUGUCGCAUACUUCUUCCAGCCUUCAAUCCAGAAGGCCGAAACGGUAGCGAGUCAGAUAGACCGCUUUGUUUACACUUUGGAAUGCAUGUUUCCUGUCAUUAUCUUUAUUGAUAUCCUUGCCUCAAGGCUCGUAUUUGAGCAGAGUGCGCAUGACAACUCGUCUUUCCAACUUGCCGCCAGACGGCAUACACAGCACGAACAAUUACCGCGUGGAAGCGCAACGUAUGUGACAACGUGGAGUGGAGGCCAUACAGGCAAGUCACCAGUUCGGAGGGAGUCGGGAACAAGUCGUUCAUCCUUGUUUACGUCCGAAAAUGUUGGCGAAACCAUCUUUGUGGAGGACAUCAACGAGCGGGGUCUCGCUGAAGCUCCUCUACCAUCCGGUAUCACCAAGACGAUUGAAAUCAAGAUUGAGAAAGCGGCCAGAAAGCCUUUCGACAAGGAAUAA